UAUCCUUCCAUAUAUAUCUCCCUUUAUCGUCAAUAGAACAUCAGUACUGAUACAUAAUACAUAUAUUUCUCUUAGGCUACACUGAAAAGUCCCAGCGCAUUACUUUAAAGUCAAUAUGACAAAUAGAAUCCUUGUAAUAACUUGUAAUAACUUGUAAUAACUUGUAAUAACUACUGCAAUGAGUAUAUUUAUAGAACUAUCUAAGUUUAAUGGACCAUUCAAUGAAGAUAAGUACAAUCAGUUUUUCAACCCGAAUCUUUGUCAUGUUUGUAAGUCGCCAAACGACGGAAAAUUAAUUCCAUGCGAUCGGUGUAAUUCCAUUUAUUACUGUUGCGAAGAACAUAAGACGAUGCAUGCAGAAUCACACCAGACGGUCUGCGGAGUUAUAGCAUUAGCGAUAUCAUUUGAUCCGAACUGGUAUAAUCGUCGUUGUUAUUUCGAAGAGUGGAUGGACUUACAAAAAUCCUUAAUCAUAUUUAUAAAAAUGCACAUAUCACGCAGACUAUAUCGAUUACGUGACAGGGCCGCUAACAUUAUACAAUGCGUUAGAGGAAGCAGAUUUAUUAAAUAAUCCACGAAAGCUUUGUGUAUAUGUCAUUCAUAUUAUAGGCGGAAAUAUAAUAGAUGUAAUUGGUUUAAAAGCUUGGGAGAUUCUACUACAUCUUCUGCAGAAUAUAAGGAAAUUAUAUAUUGUAAUGAUAAGCCCCGAAAUGGUGUUCGAAUCGGCUGAAUAUGACAAUCUUUGUCACGAAUGUAUCAGCUGUAGUCAGAAACUUUAUUUUGAUUUCGUAUCUGAGUCAUACAACAAUUAUCUGAAGAUGGAAUCAUAUAAAUUUCCAAAUAUAAUUGUCGGAUUUGAAGCCAAAAUUUCUGUCAAGUAUUUAUCUUCCAAAUUCUUAUCAGAAGUAUUAGUUAGCUUAUCAACAGUAAACUGUCCAUUACUUUUAACGGCUAAAUCGCACAAGAAUGUAAAAGAAAUUAUAUAUAUCUUGGGAAAAAUCUAUCAUAAUAAUAAGUUGUAUAUAACAAAAAAAAAUGACUUCAGUAGUUGUAGACCAAAUAGAGAUUAUAGCAACGGUGAAAUAAUUUUUCGCAAUUCUUAUUUUAUUAUAUACAAAUAAAUUUAAAUUUAAUAAGCAACUCAAUUAAAGACGAUGACUGUUUUAGGCUAAACGAUUACUAGUUUCGUAAUGUUAUUGUUUUAUUAUAUUGUUGAAUUAUAUGCAUGUUUGAUAAUAUGAAUAAAUCAUUUUACAAUCAUAAUCAUAAA